CAAUUUGUUGAGAUUUUAGUAGAUUUAGACACACACACAUAUAUAUAUACACUUCGUGUUGAAAGUCAUGGAUUCAGAUGGACCCAUAACCAAAAGGCUACAUCCCCCUCUGAGUACUUGCGUAUUUUCCUUUUCAUCAGUAUGCUAUGAUUUAUCAACUUUUUCUUUUAGAAUGUACAUUGUAAUGUUAAAGGAAAGGUGAAAUUAGUGAUCAAAUAUUUACCUAGUUGCCAAAGAUAUAAAUAGCACCCAAUGGUGUGGCCUAGUAGUCACUAGUCAAUGAAGUGGCGGAGAAUCAUGAGUUUCGGGUUCAAAUUCUACUGACAAAAAAUCCUAGGUUUUUUUUUCCAUCUGCCUAAGCCUCAGUUGUUAUCUUCUCUGAAAUAUGUUUCGAUAUACUAUUCUAACUUGGAAGCAAGAUCUUCACCCGGCUUAACCACUGAGAACAAUCUUAUUCAUAAGAGUACAAAAAGUGGAUGGCGUGCUAAUUAGCUAACCCCAACGGCGUCAUGAGCCAUUGAAACGCUCCAUACCUCGUUACGCAUGUGGUCUCGGGCUCAUCUCCUUCGGCUAUGUGCACUUGGUAAUACCCGAUAUCUGUGUUGGUCGGAGGUAACAAGUACCCAGUGGAAUGCACCCGAGCUGACCCAGACACCGCCGUCAUUUAAAAAAAAUAAAAAUACUAAUAAAUAACACAAUAUUGAAUUUUGCUGUAUCUAGUCUCUCUUCUCCUUUUAACUAUAUUUGUGCAAGCAUAUUCAUGAUUGUUUUCAGGUAGCUGGCCUGAAAUCUUUCUACUUGCAGGACUUUGUGUUUAAAGCUUCUGCUUAAAAUCAGCAGAAGAUAGCGGCAAGGACAGAGGGAUGGCCUACAGUAUUGUUGAUGAUCUCUUGAAAUGUCUGGAAUAUUGUGUAGACAGUCAUGAAGACUCACCUUCUGAGAUGGAUGAUCAAAUCCAGACCCUUAAAAUGGAUUUAAGGCUUCUGAGGACUUUCCUUAUGUGUUCGGCUUGUCGGUACGUUGAGGAUAGCGAAUCAAAAAGUGUGUUGAUGCAUGUGGAAGGUCUGGUGCGAAAUGCAGAAUCAGAUUUUCAAUCUCUCUAUACUAAGAGUAUAAAUGGAAACAUGCCCGCUAGCAUGGCUCAACUGGUUUCCAAUGCCGUGGAAAAGGUUAAUAUCUUGAAAGCAGAAAUUACACAAGUCUAUACAACUGUUUUGAUCUCAAAAUUUUCUCAUUCCCUUUUUUGUGACAAAUUUGUUGUGGAAUUCACUGAUUGUGUACUGGAGAAUUUAAAGGAUUUAAGGGAAUGUAUCGCAGCUUAUUUUCCUAUGAAUGGGGAAAUUAUAACUCUUGAAACAAAGCUAAUAUUCCUGAAGAAUUUCUUAAGGUUUGUAGCGAAGCUGUCCGUUGAAAAUGAGAAAUUUCAAGAUCUUUUGGCUCAUGCAUCGGAUGUGAUCAGUGAUGCAGCACAUCUAUCUUAUAGGUGUUUUAUUGGCAAUGCAAGUGAACCAGCUGAAUGCGGAACUAAUAAUGAUGUCAUUUCCUGUUUGGUUCGACGAAUCAUUCCUAUCAACUGUGAUGUCAUUCAUUAUUAUAUUCCCUGUCAGAAGAACACUUUAGCAGUGGAAGAACUUGAUGCUGGUUUUCUUGAUUUUCUCCUGGACACUCUUGCAGAGCUAGUAAACUAUGAGAUCGCCCUGGAGGAGUUUUCAAACUAUAAUAUCAAUGGCCUUGUUGAAGACUUGAUGUUUCUGAAAAAUUAUCUCUCAGAUCUUCCGGAGCAGUAUCCUGAGUUGGUAAAGUUGAUACUGAUACAUAUUGCAUCAAUCGCCCGUAAUAUUACUCCCUCAAUUUUCUUCCUUUACACAGAUGGUGUGGAUGAAGAAGUUGCUAGACAUAGUACCGGACGCCUUACGUUUUUGCAGGAAGAAAUCACGCUUAUCAAGGCAGAGGUGCAUCUCAUGGAUCUUCCGGGACCUAAGUGGAUGGCUACUUUGAAGGAUCGAAUUCAAAUUCUUUAUGAGGAAGUGGUGUUUCUGCAAGCUCUCCUUAAUGCACCAGACGACUGCCGUUCUCUUGGAAGUGAACUAAAUGUUUUGUUUACACAAGGGCGGGCUACAGUGAAGAUGGUCGGAUCACUUAUUAUGUCACUCAGUAAUAAGGAAUCGAAUGAAGACAUGCUGAACAAAAUGGAGUUAGCCACUUCUGGUUUUCUAGAAAGAACUAGAAUCAUGAAGACAGUGGCCAGAGAUAUUUUUGGAAGAGGUCCAUCCAAAUUCCCCAAGACUAAUGACCUAGGCUUUCUCAAUUCUUUCUUAGGAAAUCUGAAAGAACUCCUCCUCCAUAAAGUUGAUCGGGUUCCUUUCCCCAAACAUCAUAUUGCAAGAGUGCAUGACACAUUAAAGUAUCUGAAGAAGAACCUCUGGGAUGUUAUCAAGCAGAACAAUGAGCUAAAGAAUCUGAAGGCACGUGUUAUGCAAGCGGCCUAUGAGGCGGAAUAA